CAGUCGGUGUCGUGCGUGCAAAGUGGGGGGAUUGGAUGAUGGCGAGAAGAAAGCGAGUUUUGAAAUAGAAUCCCGCAGUGUUUUAUUCAUAUUCUUCAAGUGAUAAUCUCUCGAUGGUGUUGUAUGAACAGAGGUGAACAACUCCAAAGUGUUUUUGACUAAAGAAAUUUGUCACAAAAUAGGGAAAAUCAGUGAAAAUUGAGAUAGAAAAAGUGGAUAGUGAAAUAUUGGAGGUUAGGGUUUUUUGACAGUCAUCAUGGACUUUUGAAUCCGGGAGUUGGAGAAAUCACGGAAAAACAGUGACUUUGGAAGGCAGCAGCAAGGUGAAUUUUUGUGAAUAGCCAAAGAGGACACAGAUGAUGAGGUUGAGUUGAGAGGAGGCCAAUCAAAUUCAACUUCCCAGUGGUGCAUUUUGGGUGGGAAUCAAUAUUUUUCUGGGAGAAUGGGACUGCCAAGGUUCCGGUGAUGAGAUUUUGGGGCGCGCUCCUGACCUGCGUUGCCCAAAGCUUCUGGUGUAGUGGACACAUUGACAGAGCAUUUAAUCAGCUGCAAAUUAGUGCUGCUUUGUGAUUUUUUUAUACUGAAUUUUUAGAGGUAACUUUUUUGUAACGCAAAACAAAACAGAAAAACUUAGCACAAGGCUUGUGGCAUUUAAGGUGAUUUAGAGAAAAGUGAAUUUUGUGUGAAGGGGGGAAAUUGAAGAAGUGGGAAUAAGGUGAUAAAAUGAUCUCACUGAAGAAAAUCCACGCGGAUCAGCUGCUGAAGGUGGCUCUGGUGCUGAGUUUGCUGCGAGUGGAUCCUUCGAACUAUCUUGAAUAUGGCUGGGAGUCGCAGCUGGCGGCACUCCAUGAUGGUGAUGGAUGGCAGCUGGAAUUGCGGGCAGCUACACCAUUCACUGACAUCACCCACUACUCAAAUCGAAAGGCUGUGAUACCCCUGAUUGAGGAUCUUGUCCGAUUCAAUCACAAUUCCAACGAUGUGACUGCCUAUCUGCUCAAUUCCGUCCACUCCAACAACACCUCACCCAGUGGGCAGAAUUUCACGGGAUCUGCCGCAGCGAGUGCGUCAGAGACUCCGGCAACAUCCAACGCCACUGUGGGUCAAAGACCUUCAGGUGAGGAGAGUCAGCCGGCAGCCAGUGUCGAAUUGGAUGAACUCUUCCUCAAUACAGCUCCCUUUGCCGACUCUGCAUCCAUCUUUGACGAAAACCUCGCGAAUCUCACGGACUUUGGGGAGACUAUAGCCCAAGUCUAUCCCUAUCUUGGUUUGCCGGCCAAAGAUGAACUCCUCCUGGAUUCCCUGAUGCCCCCAGAACCGCCAACUAUUGAUGAACUUGCACUCAUCGGUGCAGCUUCGAACUAUGGCAUGCCAGAAUCCCCAUCUGUGGAUGAUCUGGUGGAAUGGGAGGAUUUCUACAGCAACAGAACAAUAGUUAAAAGUGAACCAAAAGAUGAGCCCGAAUCUCCAGCUUCAGACACGCUGGAAGCAGCUGAUGCAACCGUCAAAAGUGAUACCGAAGACUCUGAGUCAUCAUCGUCUGUUGUGCUGACGCCUGAGGAAAGCGAAUUGAUUGAAGUUCUUUGGAAGCAAGAUGUUGACUUGGGCUUCUCACUGGCGCCUCCAUCGACCUCCUUGAAGAAGGAAGAGAGUCACAGUGCUGAGGAUGAUGCUGAAAAACUCAACGCACUGCUCGAGUUGAAAAAUGAGAAAUCCGAGGACACGGAGAAGGAUGAGGAGUUCGAUCAUGAUUGGCCCAAUUUGCCAAUUGAUGCUGAAACAGGUGAAUACAUCCAGAAGCUACCCCUUCAAUUGGAUGAUUCCCUGCUUCAGGAAGCUCUUCAUCAACUAGAUGACCUCUCGGCAGAACAAGAUGCCCUUAAGGAUGAUGCUUUUGAUUUCGAACCCAAGCGCGAACCAUUGGAUUCUGCAUCAUCGGCUGGCUUUGGCUCAGAUGUGGGUGACGAAGUGAAGUCACCGUUGGAUAGGGAGGAAUCCUUUGACUUGUCAGAGGCUACAAUUAAAAGUGACGACACGAAUGAAUUAGAAGAACUCCUCUGCGAUAUGAUGAUUCAAAGUUCCAGCACUACUUUCCAACAUCCACGGGCAGUUCAGGGCUACGGACAUGGUGUUAAUUCCUUCCGUCAGUCCUCCUACCAUCACCAGCCUCGUGUACCGCUCAGCCGGGCUGUGUCGAUGGAGCAACGCUGGCAGGACUUGGCCAAUUUGUUGAGCUUGUCGCCGGGAAUGGGAGUGGGAAUGGGUGUCGGUGAUAUUCCAUCGCAUCCACAUUAUUCAUCUCACUACCCCUAUCAGUCAUCUGCUCCAUCAAUUCCGCAGCACAGUCAAUUUUCCCAUCCACACUCCCAUCCAGCAGUUCUGCACAAUGCAUCACUGUCGGAUUUGGGAGCCGCCGGACAACCCCAUUAUGGGCCCAAUUUGGGCUCUGCCGUAGCCUCAAGUAUGCACCUCACAAAUUCCAGUCCAGAAACUGAUGGAGGUGCUUCGGGUUACAAAAUGGACCCAGAUAUCCUCUACUACUCCAAUGCCUCAUCAGAAAUCAACUCCACCACGGAUGGAUUUCUCAAUUCCAUCCUCAAUGAUGAAGAUCUGCAGCUGAUGGAUAUUGGGAUCAAUGAAGGACGCCAAUACUAUCAAGGCAUGUACACAAUGCGAAUGCUGGACCACAAUUCGACAUCAAACAAUUCAACGGCAACUAAUGGGGGUCUGGGAAGCAGCAUCAAUGGGGCUGCUGGAGGAUUGGGCAAUAGUGGAGCAUUGUUGGGUAUGCAGACCAAUUUGAAUGGAUUGGGUGGUCUCACGGGAGCCCACGGAGAUAGAUUGGAUACAUCCAGUGAUAGUGCAGUGAGUUCUAUGGGAUCAGAGAGGGUACCAUCGCUCUCGGAUGGCGAAUGGGGUGAUGCUGGAAGUGAUUCGGCCCAGGAGUACCAGAGCAAGUAUGGGGGUCCCUAUGACUACAGCUAUAGUGGGAGAUUGGGAGAGACUGGGGGUAGACAGCCUCCAGUGGCUCAAAAGAAGCACCAUAUGUUUGCCAAGCGGUACUUCCAGGAGCAAAAUACUGGCACAGUUCCUCCGUCUCUGGGAGCUCAAGCUGGUCCAGAGACAAUGCCACCGGCAAGUGGCAUUAAGUAUGAGUACGAUCAGUACGCUAUGGGGCCUCAAGGGGCGUCAGGAGGAGGAGGAGGAGGAGCUCAUGGGCUUGAUGCGGCUGCCAUGGGUCCAGCAGCUCCGCCACUGAUGAAUGCCAAGAGUCACCAUUUGGCUCCACCGUUGGAAAUCAAAUAUUCCUGCUCGCACGAUUUUGCAGCUCGUCAGGCUCGUGGACAUCAUGAUCUCGUGAGUCACAAUCACACCUAUACCCUGCCCCAGAGCAGUGGAGUCAUCCCCAAGCCACAGACGAGAGACAAGAAGGCACACAAAAAGUCCGAGGAUGAACAUUUGACGAGAGAUGAGAAACGCGCAAAGGCACUUGGAAUCCAACAGAUUCCCAUGCCCGUCAAUGACAUCAUCAAUCUGCCCAUGGAUGAAUUCAACGAGCGUCUGUCGAAGUAUGAACUCAGUGAGACGCAAUUGUCACUCAUCAGGGACAUCAGGCGCAGAGGGAAGAACAAGGUGGCGGCUCAAAAUUGCCGGAAGCGCAAAUUGGACCAGAUCCUCUCACUGGCCGAUGAGGUAAAGGAGGUGAGACAGCGCAAAACGAGGCUGAUGAACGAAAGGGAUUCAGCAUUGAUGGAACAAAAGAGAGUCAUGGACAAGUUUACAGCACUCUACAGGCAUGUUUUCCAGUAUAUGAGAGAUCAGGAUGGAAAUCCCUACUCCUCAUCCCAGUACAGCCUCCAGCUAUCAGCAGACGGCUCAGUCUAUCUUCUGCCGCGCGAACCGAAGACGGAAGGUGGUUCAGGUUCCGGAGGCAGUAGCCAUGGUCCACCUGGUGGUCACCAUCCGCACCAACAAAAGGAAUAGACGUCGCCAGGAGGGCGUCUCUAGCCUCAAUUAGCGUCCACUCGGCGAACAAAGUGCCGGGAAUUCUGCAGAAAUGCUUUGACUGACAACCUUCUGCUGACAACAAAGAUCUUCUCGGAUCUCACGGUGAAGAUAGGAGUCUUCUCUGGGAUUUUGGGGCAAAAAGAAAAAAAUAUAUAAAGCUAUUACAGGAAUAAAACAGACAUUUCUGCGCGCAUCAAUCACACCGAGAAAUAAAAAAAAUCUGAGUGGCAAAAAGGAAAAUACAAAAAAAAAUCAUUUUAUCAAAUUUGCGGAGGGGAAUUUUAUGGACAGAGAAGAAAGUGUUGGGAGGGGAUUGGAAAGGAUAAAGGGGGGAUGAAUUGUAAAGAUGGACGAUAAUAUUGUACUUGUGACUUCAUAUUGUAAUAUUUUAGCUACAAUAUUCUAUAUACUGUAGUGUUGGGUUAAACAGAACAAGAAAAAAAAACAAAACAUGGGAGGCAAGAGGAAGAAAGAGAUUUAGUGUGUAGGGAUUUAUUUUAUUAUUUAAGUUGCAAUCAGCCUGAUGAUGAGAGGAGAGUGUGCUAAGUAUAAAUGUACUUCUUUAGGAGUUUAGGUUCAGACAAAGUCAGGUGAAGAUCAGUGAGAGAUAGAUUUUUUCUUACUGGGAAAAAAAUGGUGAUUUUAUUUGGUAUGAAGAUAAAAAACUUUUUUAGUUCUUCAACUUUCUAAUCUGUUAAGCUAUUGAGAAAACAAAAUGAUUAAUUUUCUUAUUUAAAAAAAAAACUGGAUGGUGAUUAGAUGAAUUAUAAUUUCGUUUUGUAAGAGAGAUUGAGGUUUCGAACCACUGAACAAUAACUGCAAUUUUUUUUUGAACUCUUGAUGAAUUUUCUUGAAAAUUUCAAAUUCCGAGUGAUUUUUAUUGACUUGCCUAAAAAAAUAUAAUAAAAAUAAAUAAAAAAAAGAAAAUUGAACUACAAAUAUUUCUAAAAGGCAACGAUUUAGUGAGUUUAGCGCCUCUUUCGCAUCUUAACUUUGUAAAUAGUAUCUUCUCUGUUUUUUUCAAUAAGAAAAAAGAUCAACUAAUUCUUCUAGUGAAUUUAUUUUUCACAAGCAUUUUUUUGUUUCUAACAGAAAAUUUUUUAAGAAAAAAAACAAGCAUCGGGAAAUCUGGGAGGGAAAGAUUAUAUUACUUUUUUUCUCCGAGCACUAGAAAAAGAAAAAACAGAACAAUUUUUGUAGAAGGAAGGAAGAAAAAAAUGGGAAAAUUCUUGUGGAAAGUCAGAGUGUGAAUGUUGAGAGAAAAGUGCAGAGGAAAAAAUAUACGAGUUAAUUGUACCAAUUGGAUUUGUAUAAAAAAAUGGAAAAUAUUAAGGAAAAAAAAAAAAACAACUAAGUAGCAUGGGAUGAAAGGAAUUUAAUUAAACCAAAAUAUCUUAUUAAAAAAAAAAUAACUGUGUUGAGAUUUCAUGAGAAAAAAACACCAUUUAAAUUAAAUUAAUGUAAAACAUUUA